GUUGUCGACAGGAUGCCCAUGGUUUGUAUCAUGGGAGAGAAGGCGAGCACACCCGACGCCUUCCCGGAUGACGGGCUUUGCGACUACAUCUUCUUCGACUCUCUCUACAAGGACGGCCGCAACAUGCUCUCCCGACAGGCCACCUUCAGCAAAAGCCUCAGCAACUUCAUCAACAACCAUCCUGCUUACCAAGGCACGCACCUCGGAGUUGGCUUCUCCUUCAACUACCUACAGUCGGCGGAGGAAGACCUGAAAAUUAAAGAGCCAAGUCCACUCCAGCCCCUCUGGGAUCAGGGAAUCUUCAGCGUGGGGAUUUUCGACCCUCCCCCGAUGUCACUGGGAAAUCAAACAAGAGCUGCCAUUGGCACACUCAAGAAAAUAGAUGACCUGCUCCAGAUGCCGAAACAGCUGGGACAUCACGUGGCCACUGCACUUGCCGCUCCUGAUCCGCAGUUCGACUGGAGCUUGCAAUACGCCCUCGACUUCAGCAAAGUCGGCUUCGACCCGUACAUCUUCAUAGCCAUCGGCCACUAUACAUACGGAGACAACACGGUGAGGAACUGCGCCAUCAUGCCACCGACACGUUACCCGUUUGACUUCCCAGAUGACGAAAAUAUCACCUCGGACUACAACUACGAUCUGGGUACUGCAUUGUUCGCCGCCCAGCAGAUGUCCUUGAAAAGAACAAGACUGAGAGCUUUGGUGUCUGUGACCUUAAAAGGACGUUGGAAUGUGCUGCGCUCCAGCGACAAGGUGGAGUUCUUCGAACGGUGUGUGUCAGACCCGAGUGCCAACUCCUUCGGCAGCUAUACAGAGGUGUGCCCAGACAGACGCUCCGGUGACAAGACCAAGUAUAAGCUUACUUACUCGAGGGAUCACGUCUCCGUGCUCUGCCACGCACCGGGAUCCCUGCGCGUCUUCGUCUACGACAACGAGGACGCACUGGCCAUAAAGCUAUGUUCUAUAAAAAAUGAUGAAGGUUUCGAGGACUUCAAGUUCGGCGUCGCCGUCUACGACAUUGACUACGACGACCACGACAAUGAGUGCGCGUCUCUGAAUAGAUUCGGCCGGCAAAGCCGCCUGAAGCAGGUCAAGCAAACGUUGGACUACAUGAGGCUCCACCAAGGCAAGAGCUUUAACAUGACGGCGUGCCUAGACUACCAGGAGUAAAAGAGCUUGGG